GUAUGAGUGUAGACCAGUCAAUGAAUUGGAACGUGAAGUUACUCCUUCAACUGUCACUAGUGACAAGACGUCUCCAUCGCUUGCUCCUCCUCCUGCUCCUCCUCCUUCAUCUCUCAAUACAUCAUCACCAUCAACAGUGACUACAGACCUACCUUCACCAGAUUCACAAUCAGACACUGGAUUAAUAUUGAGAGAUAAUAGUAAUUCAUCAGUACAACCACAGACUACAAGAUCCUCAUUGAGACCUACACCAGUAUUGUCAGCAUGGGCUGCUGUGAAUCAGUUAGCAUCAUUACCUGUAGCUGAUGAAUUAUCACCUCCACCAUCCUAUGAGUCAGCACUCAAUAUAGCAACUGAGCCAUUUGAUAGACCACAGAGUGUCAUAAUACCUUCAAGGCUGAACGUUUCAUCAGAAGCUACUCCUCCUCUUUCAGCAAGACCAGUUGAUGGUAGUGAAUAUGCUCAGUUGGACUUCCCUUCCUCCCCUCUCCCUCCUCCUCCUCUUUAUGAUGAUGAGAAUUGUUGGUAUAAUCCUCGACCUGUUACUAUGGUUAAUAAUCCACCAGUUAUUAAUGGAGUACAAUAUUCAACAGUAUAUACAACUAAUAAUCUAAGAACUGGUUUUAAUAGAAUAACACUCAAUCAUUCACUUGUGUAAUAAUAAACUAUUGUAUAAUGAUGUUGUGGUGCAUACACAUAUAUUGCAGCCUUUAUAAUUAUCAUUAUAAUUAUUAACUUGUGUCUCUUGUUAUCCUCAACUGGUCAAGUUUGCCAUAUGCUUGGCAUUCUGAUACUUUUACUCUUUCUUUAUCAAGUUUGCCAUACGCUUGACAUUCUGAUACUUUCA